CUCCACUGAGCUAAAGUCCUAGGGUUAGAGAAUUUACAGUCAUGGCAUGUACAAUCGACUUUCGGUGCUUAGACGAAGGGUUUGGCGGCAAAACGUACAAACGGAAGAGAGAAGAAGCCGAAAACAAGGGCGAAGACGAUGUCGAUUCGGCCAUGGAUGUCGACGAGUCAGCUCCUCCGGCGGCGAAGAGAUCGGCUCUGCCUUCGUCGGACAAUCCUGACAAGCCGGUGUUCGGAAACGCGACUUACGACGGCGUGAUAGCCGGGAGAGUCUCCGGACGGAAGUGGAAGCAGCCGAGGAAGCAUCGGGCGUCGGCGACUAUGGUGAGGAAAGGGACGAACUUCGAAGAGAGAGCGAAGGAGAAGGAGAUAAAGAAAGCGUACAGAGAAAGGAAAGAAGAGCUUAAGGAAGAGAUAAGGAAGAAUAAGGUGGAUAAGAGGAAGCAAAGGGAGGAGAGGGAGAAGAGGAAGAAGGAGAACAUAUUGAGAUCUGGUACUAAGCUUCAGAAGAUUACUAAUCCCAAAACGCUCAAGAAGCUUGCCAAGUCUAAACAGAGGAAGCUCCUCAAGGUUGUUCCUGAUGAAUUGCUAGCCAACAAGAACAAGAACAAGAACUAGUAAUUCCUCCUCCUUUUUCUUUAGAUUAUGUAUUUUUCAAUUUUGUUUCCUCCAUUUCUGGCUAGGAGAGCUUUUGUUUUCUAUGGAUUUGCAUUAACAAAAAAAAUAUACAGAAUGAAAGUUUUCAUGUGAUAUUA